UGGUUGAUUGGAUACCUGCACCUUCAUGUGUGCAAGCUACAGUAUAGUCUACCAAAGCAAAGCGGCACGUCUUAGCUGGUUAACUGAAAAAUUAAAAGGUGGCAGUUAGCAGCAGGUGCUUCAGAGCAUGUGUGCUAGUAAGUGCUGUCCAAAAUGGAUGACAUUGCAAAACUGUUGCAUCUACAAUUUGGCAUUCCUAAUGCGAAGGCAAAGAGGAACGGGGAUGGAAAAAAUAAGAAACUACAAAACACAGAAGUGGGAGCGUGUAUUGAAGAAAAUUAUUCUGGAAUAUUAGGAAAAAAUGGAACUGGUUCACAUCAAAGAAGAACCUUUUGAAUAUGAAUUGGGAUUGGGAGUAGAAAAACUAUUUGAAGGAAACUCCAAACUGGGUUCUGUUGAAAGAAAUCAGGAAAGCAGCGUAUUAGAAUUCCAGAAAAGAAACAGGCUUGGAUUUCAGUCCAGACCAAGAGUUGGCUUUACAAGGAAAAGAUUGCUCCGUUUAUCAAAGCAUUUGGAUGAAGAGGAACCAAGAGGAAUUGUGCAGAAUAGUAAAAUGUGCCAAAAGAAUUAUGUCACAUUCAUUAAAAGUAGAUGCCAUGAUGAGAAUAUCCAAGGUCCUUGUAAGAGCGGUAGUGCUUUACUGAGCAAAGAUACUGAUUGUGAUGUUGGCAUUAACAAGCGCACCAACACCACCAUUGUGAAAGAGAAAGUUAAACAAAAAUCUGAUAUAAACAUAACUUGCAAAGAUUCUAAAAGCAUCUCUGACCAUAAGGUUAACUGCGACCAAAGUGAUCAUUUGAACUCUGGUGGUGAAAUUAACCAUUCAGGUGGUAACAGUCCCAUUAACUGUGAGAACCUAAACCCAGAACUAAAUACAGAAACUGCUCUGGAGAUUGUAGUUAAUCCUGCAUUUGACAGCUCACAGAUCAUUGCAGUCAAAAUAAAAGAGGAAGAAUAUAAUAGUGGAUUUGAAGCGGAGGAACAAACGGGAGAGGAAAUGUCUAGGAACAAAAAUGAAGAAAUCGCUAUUCUCCCCACCGUCCCCAAAUAUGGGCGAAGAGACAAGAUCUAUCCAUGUUUAGUUUGUGGUAAAGUUUUUGACAGAUCUUAUAAUUUGAAGCAGCACAGUAGGGUCCACACAGGUGAGAAGCCAUACAGUUGUCCACUCUGUCUUAAAACAUUCACCCAGUUAGGAUCUCUUAAUAAACACAAGCAUAGCCACAGUGGUGACAAACCAUUUCUUUGUGCCAUCUGUCUUAAGACCUUUGCCAAUUCCUACAGUUUCAAACGACACCAGCAAUUACAUGCUGGAGAGCGACCAUGCUUCCUGUGCACCAUCUGUGGGAAGAGUGUCAGUACAGAGGGAAGUCUAAAAAAGCACCAGAGAACCCAUACUGGUGAGAAAUUGUACUGUUGUACGUGGUGUGAUAUGACAUUCAGUCAAUCAGGGGACCACAAAAAACACCAGCAGAUACAUGCAAGAGGGGGGCUGUAUCACUGCAUUGAGUGCAAAAAGACUUUCAGUCAGGAAGAAAACAUGAAAUCACACCUGUGUGUUUUGCCCCCUGGACAAUAUUCCCAAUGUGGUGAGCACUUUUAUACUGGUAAUACUUUGAAAGGUCAUCCUAAGGAUCACUGUGGACAGCCAGUGAGAGGGAAGAGUAAGGCACGUGAAAACUUGGACGGGGACUUGGGAAACGACUCACCAUUCGCAGUUUUGUCCAUCCAAAUUAAAGAAGAAGAUAUGGGAGCAGAGGAAGAACUGUUUGAAACUGAAAAGUCAGAUUUUGAUGAGGCUGGAAAACAUACUAGAGCUCUAAUGCCUGCUUCAGAAAAGCCUCAAAAUAACUUUUUUGGAAAAUUACAAACCUGUCAGACACAGUCUGUGUGUACUGAAAUAGAGUGGCUAACUCCUCAAACUCAGUAUCCAUCAGUAUCAAAAUGCAAAUCACCAAAACAUAGUCACAGUACUGAUUCACUGCCUCUGAGGUCACACUCCCCACCCUUAGACAAGCCCUAUAUUGAUAUCCCCAACUCUAUGCGUCUUUCCCCUGUCAGGCCUACCUCCAGCUCACAACCUAACUCAACUUCCCUCUGCUUCAAACAGAGGUCUUCCCCUGAUAUGCCCCUUUCCCCGGUGCAUGGUUGUCAGUCACCUUCCCCUUCUUCUAACAAACUCUUAACUUCUUCCCUCUGCUCGCCUGAUAAAAUACACACACCCUCCUCAUUUCCCACUACAGCUGUAACUCCUCUCUCUACAAUGGUCAGGUCCUUCCCCCAGCCUUCCUCACACCCCCCAAAGCCGCACCCUUGCCCGUCGUGUCACAAAUCUUUUUCCUGUGUGAAAAACCUGCGCAAACACCAGAGAAUCCACUCUGGACGCGGAGUGUUUACCUGUCCCACAUGUCCACUCAGUUUCCUGGCUGAGGGCAACCUCGUAACACACAUGAGGGUACACACGGGUGAACGUCCUUUCUUGUGUAAAAAUUGCCCAAAAACAUUUAUGAGGAAGUCUGACUUAAAAACACACUCAAAACUGCACUCUGGUCAGAACCUUUUCACAUGCUCUUACUGUGCUAAGUUCUAUACUUCUAAUAAUGACUUGAAAAGGCAUUUGCUGGUUCACACUGGGGAAAAGCCAUACAGCUGCCCGUGCUGCUCUAAGAGAUUUAGACAGUGGGGUCAUGUAAAGGUACACAUGCGUGUCCACACAGGAGAGAGACCUUACUGCUGUUCACAAUGUGGAAAGAGCUUCAGCACUGGCUCCAGCCUAAAACUCCACCAGCGCAUUCAUACAGGAGAGAAACCCUAUUGCUGUACUCAGUGUAGCCGACUUUUCACCAGACUUUCUCACCUGAGAUUGCAUCUGCAUACGCAUACAAAGUGGGAAGGAAGGAACAAUGGAACAUCUGUGACUGCACCAUUAGUGGAAAAGGAGUGACUCAUUUAAAUAAAAAUCUAUUCCACUGUUGGAUGCAAUGUAUUUUAAGGACUGAAGUCUAUGUUGGGGUAGGCACAUUCUGUCCAAAGACUGCAUUUUCUGUCAGCAGUCACUUGAGAGCUAGUAGCAAGAGACUCUUUUGUCUCUUCAUAACCUUGGGGAACCACAGGCCUGACUUUUGAUAUAUCCCUUACAGCACAGGUGUCAAACUCCAGUCCUGGAGGGCCGUAGUGUCUGCUGGUUUUUGGGGUGUUCUGGGUUCAUUCAAGUCAUUGAUUGGUUAAAGUAUCCACCCGCCUUGUUCCCAAGGCCUUAAUUUGCCUUAAUUGGCAGCUGAUUGAAAGGAAACCACAAAAAACCGCAGACACUGCGGCCCCCUGGGGAUUCAGUUUGACACCCCUGCCUUACAGUGUGUUUUAGUAUACUCUACUGUAGUGAGCCAUACUUGCACUACGUUGUAAUGUUGAAUCCUACUAUAGCUAGUUUUAUUAAUGGUUUGUCUCCAUACACAAUCAGAAGUUAAGAACUGAGUGGUUUUAGGAAUGGGUGAUAUGCCUUUUUCUGAAUAAACUGAAAGAAUGAACAAAA